AUUUUGGUCCAGCGCUCUCUAGAUUUGGCAGUGGAAAGCCGGCAGAAAGCAUCCCUGCCCAAAUCAGUGUUAAAAUAUAAAUAAUCCAACAUGAUUAAAUUAGCGCUAGUGAUAGCAGUGAGCGUGUACGCGGUGGUGGCACUGCCGAAGCGCUGCUUCUGCCCCAUCGAGUACAACCCUGUGUGCGGCUCCAAUGGCCGCACCUACCUGAGCAAGUGCAUAUUCAACUGCGCCCUGCUACGUGGUGACCUCACGCUUGACAAGCACGGGCCCUGCGAGCCCACUCCCACCUGCACCUGUCCCGACGAAUACAACCCUGUGUGCGGCAGCAACGGCGUCACCUACGCCAACGACUGCCUGCUCAACUGCGCCACCGCCGACGACUCCACGCUCAGCAUCGCGCGCGCCGGCUCCUGCGAACACACCGUCAUCGUCGUCGACCAACCCUGCGAGUGUAAGGAGCACUUGGACCCAAUGUGCGGAGCCGACGGCGUCACUUACACGAACGAAUGCAUGCUCAAUUGCAACGGCAUGAAGUUAGAAAGGAGGGGCCCCUGCGAACCGCCCUGCGCCUGCCCCCGCGAGAACAAGCCCGUGUGCGGCAGCGACGGCCUCACUUACGACAACACAUGUUGGUUGAACUGCGCCACCAAACACGACUCCAGCUUGAGGGUCGCCAGCGUGGGGGCUUGCGCGCCGAGUCAAGAGUCUACCGGUAUACUUAUAGUGGAGCAACCGGAGUGCAGGGCUUGCAAAAGCGACGCGCCGCCGGUGUGCGGUAAAGAUCGCACCACUUACUCGAACGAAUGCGUAAUGGAGUGUGCGGGCGUGGAGCUGUUGAAGGAGGGUCCGUGCGAGCCACCGUGCACUUGCUCCGCGGACAAAUCACCCGUCUGCGGCAGCAACCAAGUGACUUACGACAACGUAUGCUUGCUCAACUGCGCCACGAUUGACGACUCGACGCUGAGGGUGGCGCAUUCGGGUCCGUGCGGUGGGAGCGUGAAAGUGGUGGACCAGUCUGACUGCACGUGCGUUAGAAAACUCCAACCAGUGUGUGGUUCUGACGGCGUGACGUACAACAAUGAAUGCCUCAUGACGUGCGCGGGUCAAACGCUGCUGAAGGCGGGGCCGUGCGAGCCGCCCUGCACGUGCCCGGAGGAAGGCAAGGCGGUGUGCGGCAGCGACGGCCGCACCUACAACAACGUGUGCCUGCUCAACUGCGCCACCAAAAACGACAGCACUCUGAGGGUGGAGCGCCCGGGACCUUGCAAGUGUGGAUCUGGGGGCAUCGACGCACGAAAAUCAUAAACCCUUAUUUUAUUUCGAAUCUAAAAAACGUCUUUAUUAAGUUUCAAUGAUAAUAAACUCGUUUAUUUUAAGUAAGU